UUCGUAAAUAAUUCCAAAACAAUCAUUAAAUAAAUGAAUUUUUUUAAUUUAAAUUGAUAUUUUAAUAUCCAAAAACCAUUCUAUAAUAUAGAUAUUGUAUAGAUAUUUUGUAUAGUUUGUAUAACUUUUGUGCCACUGUGCCCCUCAUGGUGUGUCGCCUUCUACAUAGUUCCAUGUCCGUAUCCGUGUCAUUGGCAAUAGCACCAGUGGCAGUGGCAACAGCAACACCAUAAACAAGAACAACAUGUAGCCUCCAUGACAACAUCCCAUGGCAGGAGCAGAAAAAUGCGCAAAAAAUUAAUUGCUGCGCAUAAAUCAAAAGAUUUUCCUACCGUAGGAAGCCACUACAUCCCAGCCCACUUUUCCCCAACAUCCCCAUUGGUGAGCCUGUUACUAUUUCUGAUUUCCAUCAGCAGUCCUAUUUAUUUAUUAUUUAGAAGAUGGACCAUCUUGAGAUGCAAUUGGAGGCUUCAUUGUUUCCACAUCAAGGCCACUUUGGAACUGGGUCCAAUGCACCUAGUUCUAUAGGAUAUAGUUAACCGAUCUGAUUCUUUUCAGGGUAUAUACUAGGUAUGGUAAAAAUAAAUUUAUAUAUAAAGUUUCAUCUAGAUAGCUUGAAGACUGAGGGAGUUAUGAAGAUAAAACUAGUGUCCGCGGACACACGGACACACGGACACUAGAUAAACAGACUUUCGGGGAACUAGUCUUCUCUAUCUCCUAGAAAACUACAACACCCACGUCCAGAGUAUAAUAAAAUCCAAAAAAAUAAAUAAAAUAAAAAUAAAAUAAAAUACACAUAAAAAAAAACAGAGAUACUUCGUUGGAACUGCGAAUGGAAAAGACAACAACAGCUGUUUUCUGCGACUUGAUUACCGGAAGUUUUGCAAUAAAAAUGUGCAAAAAAUAAGAAGAAAAAAAUGUGCAACGACCAUGACAGAAUCAUAAACAAGAUAUAGCAUCUAGCCCCGAUUUAAGGCCACACCUCCCCCAUCACGUGUUGGGGGUGUUGUCAUCAUUAAUGGAAAUCGUUUAAAGACCCCUGAUGGAUGUGUUAUUUAUUCUUUUUUUUAUGACUGUCGAGAGCUCCUCCGGGGUCUUCAUUUAACAAUUUAGUGACUGAUGUGCUAUGGGACUCUGGACUGGACCGACAUUAUUCCAAUAAAGCAUUUAAGCAAUAAUUCAAUGCAUCACUCUGGCAAUUAUUAAACAAAUUUCAUGUUUAUCAAAAGUAUAAACACAACAUUGUUGGUCGAAAUUUAUCACCACUUAGGGCCUCAACGGGUUUCGUUAUCCAAAUGCUAAUGAAUUGUAUCAUCAAUGGGGUUUUGGGGGGUUUAUUAUUUAAUUUAUCAGGGGUUUAGUUCAGAGUACUCAUUCAAGUACCCAAUUUUUGAUAAAAAAAAUAUUUAAGAAAUUAAAUAAAAAACUAAGAGAAUCAGAAACCAUUUCAAACGAACAUUGCAUGUUGCACUCAUAGGGGCCAGGGAUUUUAAUUAUUAAAAAAAAAGAAAUAGUAAGAAAUAAAAUAAAAAAUAAGUAAGGUUUAAUAAUUUAUAUAAAAAAUAGUUGGAAUUUAAAUUUAAAAAAAUAGAAGAAAAUCAGAAGCCAUUUAAGACGAGCAUUGCAUAUUGCACUCUGAAGGACCAUACCUUUAAAUUUUUUAAAAAAUAAAUAUUUAAAUAAAAAAGAAAAUCAGUUGAAGAGUCCCGGAUCGAAUCAAUUUAAGCCGAUUGCUUGAAAUUAAUUUAAUUACUUUAAUAAAAGAUGAUAAGAAAUUAAAUAAAAAAAUAAAGAAAAAAAUCAGAGUCUAGGGGCCAUGGCUUUAAUUAUUUAAAUAAAAAAAAAUAAGAAAUUAAAUUUAAGAAAAGGAGAAAAUCAGCUGGAGAGUCCAGGGUCGAAUCAGUUUAAACGAUUGCUUGAAAUUUGUUUUUUUUUUAAAUUAAUUAAAUAAAUAAAAAAAAGGAGAAAAUCAGAAGCCACUUACAGCGAACAUUGCAUAUUGCAUGCGAGAGACCAUUAUUAAAAAUUAUUAAAAAAAAAUUAAAAUAAAAUAAGAAAACCAGCUGGAGAGACCCGGAUCAAAUCAGUUUAAGGCGAUUGCUCGAAAUAAAUUAAAAAAUAAAAAAAUAAAUAAGAAAAUCAGAAUUAUUUGGAGGGCAUUUGGACUGCAAGUUGUUUUUAAACCACAGACAAGCCUCAAUAUUUAGAUAUUAAAGAAAUAAAAUAAAAAUAAAAUCAGAAAAUGAGAACUAACCAGUCUGGCCCCAGUUUUAUUUAUUUUUUGUUGGGGCUUCUAGACCUCUCUGCUCUGGUCUGGUCCAAGAGCCAGUCCGCGAACAGUGUCUACUGGACUAACCCUUUAAGCCCCACACUAAUUAUACUUGGGCUUUUUGCAAAUCCCACAGUUAGUGGGAUUUCUAGUCCGGUCAAAAAUUGUAUGGUCAAAAUAAAAAAAAAAAUUAUGAAUAAAAAUGACUUUUGCAGAAUGCGGACCAAGUCUAGGAGCAGCUCAUUAAACUCCAAAAAAAAGGAGAAAUAAAAAUAUUUAAAAGAAAAUAACCAGACCGUGUAUGUAUCAGACCUAUAAAGGCCAUUUAAAAUAUUUGUAAAAUAAAAUAAAAAUAGAAAAUAUUAAAAGCUAAAAUAUUUAAAUUAAAAGUGAGUUUUCCAAGACGAACCUAUUUGUUCGCCUUGAGGACGAAAACUGACUUCUGCUUGUGAUUUCUUCCAAAAGAAAACUAUUUCAGGGAGAAAAUACCCUAACGCUUAACUUCUAAUAUUUUUAUGGUAUAUUUUCAUAUAGUGCUUUGGGCACACUUGACUUUAAAAGCAAAGAAAAAGCAGCCACACUGCUGAAAUUUAAACUUUCAAGUGCUUACGAAACUUAAACUAUCAUUUAUCACCUAAAAAAACAAAAACUAAUUUAAGGAAAAUGAUGCAAGAACUUAAUUUAAGAGAUUUUUCAUCUAAAAUAAUGUUUAUAUUUCGCCAAAGAACAUGUUCGUGUUGCGGGACAUUGAGUUCCUUCCCAUUCCACGAGAGCCACAUCCUUUUCCCAGGACUCAUUCAUUCAGGGCUUUAUGGCUCUGCCAAUGAAAGGACACAUUCUCCAAGGACCCAGGACAUGGCUAUCCUUUUGUUUUUUUUUUUUUUUGUUGCUUUACUGGCCACUCUAUUAUUUAUUUAUUGAAAGUUGGCUUGGUCCUUUUGCUGCUUGGUCGCCUCUAUUGUGUGACAAAUGAAUUUGGGUCAAAAGUUGUUCAAAUUAUAAAAAAAAAAAAAAAAAUAGAAGAGAAUCCAUGGGAUGUCAAAGGUCCUGCCAAAGGAUUCGUCUCGCCUUUUGGCUCACCUCUUUCAAAUGACAUUCAACUGGUGAAGUGUUGUGCUCUGAAAUUGCACUUUUAUUUCCCUUCACGUGACACCCCGAAAAAUGUUACAAAAGAUUUACGCCCAAGGAAGCCUCAACACCAUUUUCCACAUCCUCCUCCUCCUCCUCCUCAUCCUCCUCCACAUCCACUUCCGGUUCCGGUUUCUCAACCAACCACAAAAAAAAAAAAACCCUUCAACUUUGCGGGCAAUACCAUUAUUUUUUUUUUAUUUUGCAGUUUUUUGGUUUGAGUAAUGGAUUAGAUUUUUACUCACUUGCUUUUUUGGUUUUAUUUUUUUUUUUUUGAGAGAGAUGAGCUUACCCCCUAUCCCCAUGGAUAGUGUACGUUUUUUAUGGCCCUUUUUUUUUGGUUUAAAAGAAAGGACUUUCAUGGCAAGAAGGUGGCAGUCUUGGGGGUCUUUCUUAAAGUUUCCUUAGACUUACCUUUUGGAAAGUAUUUGCAAAAAAAAAGAUAGUAGUUCCCUGGAAUUUGUGUCAUUUAUUUGAAAAUUAACAAAAGUUGUAGUAAGUAAAGAGCGAAAGUAAUAUCACUUUCCUGUGUCCUUUUCGAAGACAGGACCAAUAUGUUGACCAAUAUGAUGGCCCGAACCGCGGCCCUCUCGAUGGCCGUUUACAUGAGCAGUCGGGCCGGGAUUUGGGGCCAAACGGAGGAGUCGCAUCGCUUGUGCCGCCAAAUUGGCCAAAAACUGGAGCCAUUGAGUGCCCAGAUCCGGCAGCGCCUCCUCCCAUCCGAUGUGGCCGAAAUGGGCGUGGCCCAAUUGGCCAAAACCUACUACAAUCUGGGGGUCAAAGGUGGCUUCCAGUUCAUCCGGAAUCUGCCCACUCACUCCAUCAAUCUCAUCGAAUGGACCAAGGAGACCAGUUCGAAGUUGGCGGGGAAACCGAAACUGAAAACUAAAGAAACACGAGAGGAUAUGAUGGCGGAGGUGUUCGGUUCGAUGAGAACACCCCCUAAGGAUCAAAAAUACGAGGGAACUACGGUCAAGGUUACGGCUGGGGCGGACAUCACAGGACCUCCGAUCGAAGACGACGAGGGACGCCAUCAAAUCUUUUUAAUUAAAAAACAGGAAAAGUAGUAUUAAGAGGGCUUCUUGUUGAAAUUACAAAAUUAUACAUUUCACCAAAAAAUAAUGGGAUUUGAAGUGGAAA